AUGCCACUGUUCAACACCCGAAGGGAUCCGACUGCUGCAGCUCCUCUUACUCGACAGCCCAUCGACCUGAAACGACUUCUUGCAGUCUACGAUGACUACCCUAACGUCACGAACGCUCUCGAUAUAGCUAACGAUCGAGUGGUCCAGGCCGAAGAGGCCGCUAGAAUAGCCGUCGAAAAUCGUGAUGUCGCGCAGCAAGAAUUGGAAGAUGAAAGAAAGGGAAGGAAGGCUGAGGUGGAGAAAGCAAAGCUGGACAAGGAGCAAGCCGCAAAGCAAGCCAAAAAGGAGAAAGACGAUGCUGAAAAGGCAAGAGAGGACAAGGUCAGAAAAGAGCUGAAUCCUAAGAUAGCGGACCUAGAAGUUAAGCUUAAGACUAUGACGGAACAAAGAGACAAGCUCGACAAAGAGCUCAAGGAGAAGCGUGCGCAAAUGGAAGGUUGGAUUGGAUCAUUGGAAAAAUUAAGCUUGGAGCGAAAGACUGGUUACGAGAAAGAGAAGAAAGCGAUGGAAGAGAGGUGGGAGGCGGAAGCAAAAACGCAAACACUGGAUGAGGAGAUACUGGAAGGGUUGAGAAACGCUAGUAAAGUGCCCUUACCGGUGACGGAGGAUGUUGAUUCGAAAUCAGCCAGUAUUAGAACAAGAAGCGAGAAACCUACCAGUACCAACACCAGAAGCGAGAAACCUACCAGUGUGAGAACCAAAAGCGUGAAAAACGCCUCAAUAAUAUGA